AUGACAAAUCAUGGUGAACACAGCUUGCCAACUACCCCGGAAAGUUCUGUUGAUGAUCCGGGAAUCGCUAUUGAAGCUCAAACAAAUGACACCCUUACUGCUCUAAUGAAUACCAAUCCUCUCUAUGAAACGAAAUUGCAAGACACUUCUACCGAUGAAAGUCAACAACGUCCACGUCGUCGCAGUAGUGUAUCAAUAAUUCAGGCGCUUGUCAACACGAGUCAUCUACUAUCAACAAAUGACGCUCGAAGAAGGAAUUUUCUUGUGGGUAGCGCACGACAAUCACCUGAAUCUACAGCGAACGAUAUCAAUACGUAUUUUUCCGAUGGACGCGCAUUAACUGUAAUGAUGGUUACUUGGAACACCGGUGAAGCAUCGAAAAUCUAUGAACAAAAUUAUACACCUACCGCUCGAGAAACUGCACAGCCAAAAGAACGAAUGCUCGAUGACAUGUCAGACAUAUUAUUGCCUACGUUUAUUGAUUAUGUAUCUGAUCUUAUCAUCGUUGGUACUCAAGAAAUGUCCGUUUCUAAGAAGAGAAUUGAUUGGGAAAUCUUACUUCAAGAAGUAAUCGGACCAACACAUGUUCUCUUUCAUUCGAUUCAUUUUGGAACACUCUCAUUGUGUAUAUUUAUACGACGCGAUUUGAUUUGGUUUUGUACAGAACCCGAAGAAGAUAUCAUCAAGUUUCGAGCAGUAGGUCCUGUUCGAACAAAAGGUUCACUAGUAAUUACAUUCAAUCUCUUUGGAUCCUCGUUUAUGUUCAUAAAUUCACAUUUCGAAGCUGGCCAUGGUGCUGAAGGUUGUAUGAACAGACGAUCAAAUUUUUACAACACAACAACUAAAUUAUCGAUUCCACAUGAGUUUAUUCAAAGAACAAUAAUGCCGGCAAAACGUAUAACAUCAUUAGUCGUGCCUAACGUCUCACAAAAACUAGAAACAUCAUCAUCAAUUGAAUCCAGUACGAGUAUAGAUAUAACAAAGUCAUGUGAUUUUGUUUUCUGGGUUGGUGAUAUGAAUUUCCGAAUCAAUAUGACACAUCAGGAAGUGUUAGACCAUUGCAAAGAAAAGCUCUAUCAUGCGGUUCUAGAGAAAGACGAAUUUUGCCAAGCUCGAAAGAACGACGAAUUGUACACAAAUUUCAAAGAAGCUACUAUUGAUUUUCCACCAACAUACAAAUACGAUUUACGUUGUGAUGAUAGUUACGCAAAACACAGAACACCUUCUUACACAAAGAUUAUCUCAUUCAAACUAGAUUUGAUAGCGGAGAAAAGACGGAUAUUGUAUCGAGCGACGAGCAUCACCUAUCGAAUGCACACAAUACAACUUAAGCCCGGUUUACAUACUGGAAAUCUUUCCUACGGUAAAUUUAACCAUGAAGUUUAUAAGCGUGGUUGUAAACAACGCGAACGUCAUCAUUCUCUCGGUGUAGGUUUACAUCUCAAUGGUAAACGACGAACGGCAAUGCCCAGGAGCUCCGUUUGCGUUCUGCAAUAA